AUGUGCGGAACAAACGAUCUGCCGAAUGAAGGUGGUGGAAGUGUCAACCAGCUGGGAGGGAUGUUUCUCAACGGCAGACCUCUCCCAGAAUCCAAGAGGAGGAAAAUGAUUGAACUGGCCAUGGAGGGAGUCCGACCGAACCAGAUCUCCAGGAUACUUCGGGUGUCCAGCGGGUGCGUCAGUAAGAUCUUGAGUCGCUACCGCCGCACUGGACUCCUGGAGCCCAAAACCAUUGGAGGCAGCCGGCCUCGGCUUCUCACCCCCGGUGUCAUCUCCACAAUCAUCCAGUGCAGGAGGGAAAACCCAACCAUUUUUGCUUGGGAAAUCCGAAAGCGCCUCGCAGCAGCACGGAUAUGCAAAGCCUCCAAAGUUCCCAGCGUGUCGUCCAUUAAUCGGAUUCUCAGAAGGAUUCACUUGGACCACGGGCCGAUGUGCAUGGAGAUCAAUGCGCACAUCAGGACUGAGCAGGAUUGUGAUUCUCUCAUUCAAGAAGAAGUGAAAGAGAGAAAGAUGUCCGAGACGGCAUGUUGUAUUGACCAGAAGCCUGAAGGCGUCCAGCACCGAAACCGCACCACCUUCACCCCGGAGCAGAGCACAGCACUGGAGCAAGAAUUCUCUCAUAGCCAGUAUGCGGAUAUGUACACGAGAGAGAAACUGUCAGCUGAGAUCAAACUUCCUGAGGACACCAUCAAGGUCUGGUUUUCAAACAGACGGGCUAAAUUGAGGAGGGAAGCCAAACACAGGAGUGACACACAGAGUAAAACACCUGAUUUUGCAGAACCCCUUUGAAGUUUGAGAAAGUAAACUAAUUAUUGAUUUCCUUCAAUGUGACAUACAGGUAUGAACAGUUCUGCAAAUCUGACAUCCAUCUCAGUCCAGCCCUCAUUCCUCCAUCAGCCUCAUAACAUGAUGGCCCAGACCAUGCCAGACAAGACUCCACUGGAUCACCACAGAGAAAGAUUCACUCUCCCUUUGGUCCACCAUCACACAGACAUGAGGACAUCCCUCACUUUGGCAACCGAGUCCAUGAGAACAGAGCGCCCUGUGACUCAGUGCUGGAACCAGCAGGGGAUUUCUUUUACCUGCGGCCAGCUUCAAACCCAUGAGAGGUUCGUAUUUCCUCAGCAGCCCUGGGAUGUGAAUCGCUACCUGGACUAA